GAAAUCGUUUAGGAUCAUCAGAAACAGUGACGCGGGAGGUUCACGUUUUCGUGCAGCCGAACGAACUCACGAUUAAGAAAAGCCACAAGGUUUCAGUGAUUGUUGAACUGUUGAAUUCACAGUAAUAUCGUUUUUUACCGGACGUUUGGUACGAAAACGUGAAUUACGGUUGUCCGUGUCAUUAGAAAAAAAAGGAUUCGCCGAGUGCAACGAUCGAUUUAUAUACGCGACUAUAUAUCUCGUGUUGUAUACUUCAAAUGAAAGUUUCGCCAAAAGCAGCUGUUCCUAUUCGAACACACAGCGGGUGAAAGAAAAACAAAAGACUGUCCAAAAAAUUGUAUUGUUUUCAAACACAUUCCAACUCUGUGCCAUUUAUAAACGUUGUUCCACGCCCGGAAAAAGCUUUCGUCUUUGUGGAACAAUUAUCCCGUCACUCGUAGGGCAGAAUCCUGUGCAUGGAUUCACCCUGGAAGAUGGGACUUGACGUAAUCGCAUUCUUUAAUAAUAGUUAUCAACGAUUUGAAAAAUUCAAGAAAACCCAAUCAGCCAGUGGAAUUAUGGCGGGUUCGAUAGCAGCCUUAGCCUGUUUAUGGAUAACAAUCCAGAGCUUAGGGUUCUUUGGUUAUGGCCACGUUAUCGGUGGUUACAGAGUCCCUCUGUACGUGCAGAAUCAUCGUGCGGCGAUGAACGGAAUUCUGAACGAGAUGUUCGCUCGUACUGAGCAGCCGAAACCCCCGAGACUGCCGGAAUUGAAUGGAAACGCGCUCAACACUUCAAUCGUUUAUGGGCAAAACGUAGUCGGCCGUUUGCAAAGGUUGGAGGAAAACCUCGUUUCGGCGGGAAUCCUUCUUGGCCAAAAUACGCCUGCUCACGAUCAAUACAUUUUUUCGGCACCGAACGACGAAGCGUUUGAGAUGCAGGCCGAUGCACUCGUCGCAGCUAAAGCUUCGAUGUAUCUCUUGCAGCAUCACUGCCACAGAUACGGAGAGAACGAAGGAAAGUGCGCCCAUUUCGUUUCAACCCUCAGCCUGGAGGGCACGAGCUUAGGCGAGAGUUGCGUAUCGAGCCAUAACGUUGAUUGCGAUGGAAUUUCAACGUAUCGUUCGAUCGACGGAAGUUGCAACAAUCCGGACAAUCCACGAUGGGGUAGCGCGUUGACGGCCUAUGCGAGAGUUUUAUUCCCUCGUUAUUCCGAUGGGAUCCAAGAGCCGAGAAAAGCUGAGAGGAGAAGAAGACAGUUGCCUGGACCGAGGAUCGUCAGUACCACUCUUUCACGCAACACCGAAAAUUCUGACCUCUCCAAAACUCUGUCCGUCAUGCAAUGGAGUCAGUUCAUCGCUCACGAUCUCGCUCACACUCCCGUUCGGAAAAUGGUUUCAACCGGUCAGCCGAUUUCUUGCUGCAAUCACGACGGUUCGUGGCCUGCACCGAGACACAUUCAUCCGCACUGCGCCGCCAUCCGGAUUCCUGAAAGCGAUCCGAUUUACGGCGAACAUUACAUCAGUUGUAUGAAUUACGUUCGUUCGCUACCGGUGAUCGAAGAAGACUGCAAUUUCGGACCGAUAGAGCAGAUGAAUCAAGUGUCCCACUUCCUGGACGCCUCGACGAUUUACGGAUCAACGCUGAGACGUUCUUUCGAAUUGCGUGCCUUCAGGGAUGGAAAAUUGCGCGUCCAAAGUCACGAAAACCACGAUUAUUUGCCAGGCACCACCGACGUUAGAGAGUGUCUGACGAAUAGAUCUUGCUACAAAGCCGGCGAUGAUCGUGUUAAUUUCGAACCGACUCUGGCCGUGAUGCACACCGUGUGGCUUCGGGAGCACAAUCGCAUCGCCGAGAGCCUUCACAAAAUCAAUCCAUCGUGGUCGGACGAGAAAAUUUAUCAGGAAUCGCGGAGAAUCGUGAUCGCUGAAAUUCAGCACAUAACGUACAACGAGUGGCUCCCAAUAAUACUCGGAAAUGAUUAUGUCAACGCCAUUGGUUUGGGUGUCAGACAAGAUCACACUGAGGACUACAGUUCUUCGGAGAAUCCCACAGUCAGCAACGAAGCUGCGACUGCCGUUUUCCGGUUUUUCAAUUCCCUGAAACAGGGACAGUUGAGCUUGCCGGAUGAUGCGCGCCAGAUGAACUCGUCUCUCCAACUUUCCGACUACUUUUACAAACCUCGGAUCAUCGAGAACGACGGAAUUUUCGACGGUCUCGUAAGAAGUCUAGCGACACAAUUGGCGAACAAAAUGGACAUAAAUUUAGUGCCCGACAUUACCCAUCGACUCUACAAAACUAAUUCAUCCCUUGGGCUGGACACCAUCAGUCUGGAUAUUCAACAGGGUCGCGACCAUGGCCUCCCAGGCUAUAAUCAUUAUCGUAAAUAUUGCGGAGUUCCAGCAGCAAAGAAAUUCGGAGAUUUUAUGGAUCACAUACCAAUGGAGAUUGUCAAAAAAUUGGAAUCGUUGUACGAUCACCCUAACGACGUUGAUCUAAUUAUUGGCGGUAUGGCCGAACGUCCGGUCGACGACGGUCUUUUGGGGCCGACAUUCCGUUGUUUACUUUCUGAACAGAUGGCUCGGAGUCGCUGGACCGAUCGGUACUUUUACGACUCCGCUAAUCAGCCACAUCCAUUCACAUCUGAGCAACUGAAUCAACUGCGUCGCGUUACAUUGGCGCGUAUUUUCUGUGAUAAUAGCAACAACGUUUCACAAAUGCAGCCAAAUGUUUUUAUACGACCUCAAGUUGGAAACGAAAUUACUUUGUGCGACGAUUUUCAAGCGAUACCAAGCGUCGAUCUGUACGCCUGGGCCGAAAAGGCUAAAGCCUACCGCUGAAUAUCGCGUGUAAUUGACUGGUCACUUUACCGGAAUCGGAAACCCGGAGAUCUCGGGAUCGAGAACGAGGAAAAAUGAUGAACAGCCUUCCGGCUGACCUCGGAGAUCGCGCCCGAAUCAGCGAUGAAAUUUCCUUGCCAACACCCACGAACGAUUCUAUAUCGUUCUAUAAAAGAAGCAACAACAAGGGGAUGAUUACAAAGUGGGAAAAUCAAACAGGAAGAGAGCAAAGAAUCUUUGUUUUAUGUAACUCGGUAGACGACGGUGAAAUUACGUGACUAGUUGAUUGCGAAAAUUCGGAAAAUCUCGUUCAAAGUCGAGAAAAGUGUAACAUAAGCUGCAUCCCGUGAAUUUUUCAUUAUAUUUUACUGAUUAUUUAUGUAAGAACCAAUUCAAUGACUGAUUAACACGAGUACAAGAAAUAUUAACAAAGAAAAUAGAUCAGAAACUGUUACUAGAAACGUGUGUUUUGUGUGGAACGACUGAGAAGCGAGUGUGAGUUGAAUGCAUCAUACAUUGAUAUAAAAAAAAUGUGCGGGACUCUUCCCACGUACACGUGGUGACAGGAAAAUAAUCGACGAAAUAUUUUUAUCCUUUGAUAUCGCUAGAAAAUGAAAUAUUCGGAUUUUUCCGAAAAAUAGGCGCCACAUAUUUUUACCAUUCAUUUGCCAAGCGUUGCUGACCAAUUAAGUUGUGAUCUACGCUAGUCGAAAGACGAUUUUGAGUCUCGAUCUCUUUUCGAGAAUUUUGCCAUUAGUUGAAAGGAUUUCACAUCGCCCAGAAGAAUUUUCUUUUAUUCUUCAUCACUGUCGAAACUUCCAAGUUCGAAGUAUCACGAUAUUUUCCACGUAGAAAAAGAUUGCAUCGCUGAGUGAAAAGUAUAGGAGAAUGAAGGAAUGCGAUGCACGUGACUGAUUAGGUUUAUAAGUAUCAUCGAGUGUUUAUAAACACGAAAUCAUGCAAUUCUUGUACUUACCAUUUGAAAGACUCACCUGAAUGUUAUUUCUCACAGAGCUUCUUGUAUUUGUACCAAAAUAAAUCGAUGAAUCAACAAAA